AAUACAUCAAGAACAAAUAUUUUUAAAAACAAUUUCAAUGGCUUAAUUUAUAAAAGCGACUAAUUGAGUGGGUACAAAAAGUUAUUAAACGCCAUUGUCGGCGGUUGUUUAGUAGGCUUACAAUGUGGCCAGCAGCAUUAACACGCCUAUUAAAGAGAAGACUUGUUUACAUCGUAUUUAUUUCAUUGAUUUUCACCUAUUUAUUAGUGAAGUUAGUUAAUCAAAAACAUCAUUUGCGCCUAUUAAAAAUCAAAGACUUUAGUGUUCAUCGUACCAAACCAUUAAUAUGGCGUACUUUACAAGAACAUUUGCUGACCGAUGAACCUUCUAAUCGUACAAAUCCUCCAGACAUUACUUGCCGUAACUCUCUGCAAGGCAAAGAAUUGUUGGUGGAUGAUCGGGGUUUUGUUUGUAAUCGUGAACAUAUCUUACAGAAUGGUUGUUGCAACGUCGAAUUACCGGAAACUCUUUAUUACACAUGUGAAACAUGUAACAAUAGUUCCCACUGCUGUAGCAUCUACGAAUAUUGCGUAUCAUGUUGUUUGCAUCCGGAAAAACGUCCAUUGCUUGAGUUAGCAUUGCAAGCCGUUAAUGGUCGACAAUUAACGGUUUUUGCUCAAGUAUUAGACCAAUUUGAAUUAUGUUUGGUUAAAUGCCGCACUAAUUCGCAUUCAGUGGAACAUGAGAAUCGUUAUCGCGACGGUAAAGUGCAAUAUUGUUACGGCCCCACUGAAGCCCACGAAUCUCAAAAAGAAGUAUUGGGUAUUCCAGCAUAAAUAAACGGCCCCAAUUAGCGGUUUGUAAAACAUAAUUUAAGGUGGUUUUUUGCUUUCCUGCAUUAGUGAUAUCUUCUAUACAAAAAACGAGGAUUUUAAAGCCUCAUAAAAUAUUACUCCUAAGUUUAAAAUAAAAGCAUUGUGAA